AUGUCUGUCAACGUUCCCACCAACCCCAAGCAGAAGGAGAAGGAUAUCAAUGCGAAGCUUCAGUUGUUUGGUAUCUAUCAUGCCUUCAAGAACAGCAAGCUUCCAUCGAACAAGCAAUGCGACAUUGCUUUGAACACUGCCUUGAACUCGAAAGCCCUCACAUCUCCUCCUAGUGAACUCUCAGCGGAUGGAAAGACCCUUGUGGCCGACCUGCGCAAUGUCAUUGACGAGGCCAAGAAAAUGCUCUUGGUCAAGAACGAGGGUGAACUGAUCCAGGACUUUGUCUACCAAGCCACGAAGAUCUCCGCCGGUGAUGCCAAGCGCCCUCAAGUUCCUCUCAAUAAGGAGACCGGUCAGCAGGAUGCCGAGAGAGCUCUGGAGGGUCUGAAGACUCUGGGCACACUUAUGAUCACCAAUGGAGAGUUCAGAAAGCUACUGAAUGAUGCCAUGACUCUUGGCAAGGACAUCGCCGCCGAUGCUUCCCAGAAGGCUGCCAACCAGGUUCGCCCCUCUGAGGAGGACCUUGCGCAGAUUGACCAGCCCGCCGAGGACAAUGUGUGGCACGAGAAGCCCAACAUUUCCAAGGAGGACCUGAAAGCUAAGGCCAAGAAGAACAAAGCUGCAACGCAGAACGAGGCUCAGGCUACCGUCGCCGAGAAUGAUUCCGGUGUGUCGACAAACAGCAAGGCCAAGGAGUACUCCGACAAGACCAAGAACUACUUGUCCGAGAAGAUUCCCAAGGAGCGUCGUGAGCAGACUGUCUGGCGCCUGAAGAAGAUGAUCAUCGAGAUCCAGGGCCAUGCUGACUACCAGCAAGCCGUCGAGACCUUGUUGACCAUGGCCGAGCAGUAUGCUGGUCACACCAAGGAGGCUACUAAGCAGGGCGGCAGCUCUGCCCGUGGCGUUUUGAAGAACGACAGCGUUCAGGCUGUUCAGUACAACUUGCGCACUCUUAUCGAGCGCUUCGCCAACAACACUUCCCUGGAUGCCUUCUUCGACUCGCUGAACACCAUCUACCGUGAUGCUGAGAAGGACCCCGAACUCCGCAACUGGUUCAAGAAUGUCGACACCUUGAUUCGUAAAUCUCUGCGUGAGCAAGGCUUCAUCAUGGAGGAUGAGUGCAACCGCCAGUGGAACGAGCUCUAUGACAAGGGCCGUUACCUCCUGCGUGAGCGUUAUCGCGGCCACUCCGACCGCGUCGUCGAUGAGGUCAAGUUUUUGGCCGACCAAUUCGAGAGUGACCCGCAGAAUCAGGCUCUUGCUAGGGCUUUCCAGAAACUCUUCAGGGACUUGGGCCGCGACGCCGAAGGAAAAGUUACCUUCAAGCCGGACCUCCUUCGCGAUCUCCGCGAUAUUAUCAUCCCUAACAUUUUCGAGAAUGUUCGCUACGUUCCUAUUCCUCGUAUCGAAGUCUCGGACCCCAUGGUCGAUGUCGUUGUUGAGAACCUGACCAUCGAGAGCGACAACCUGAUGCCCAACGUCGUGGAGUUCGGCAGUGACAACUACUUCCGGUGGGGCCGCAAGAAGAUCGCCAACAAGCGUGACAACAAGAUCAUGAUUUCCAUGUCCGGCAUCCAGGCUGAUUUGCGGGAUGUUAGCUACUACAUCAAGAAGAAGGAAGGUUUCCCCGCCAUCACUGACCGCGGUAUUAUGGACAUCUUCCUCGGCGGAGAAGGUCUCAGCAUCAAGAUCGCUGCGUCUACCGCUCAGGAUAAGGACAAGGAGAACUUUGUCAAGCUGGACAAGGUGAAUGUGGGCAUCAAGAACAUGGAUAUCAAGUUGAAGAAGUCUAGUCACAAGAUCCUCUUCAACACGUUCAAGCCCAUGCUGUUCCGUGUCGUUCGGCCCGCCCUCCAGAAGGUGGUCGAGGGACAGAUCCGUGAGGCCUUCCGGAAGGGCGAUGCUUUCGCCAAGGAGAUCCACACUGAGGCCAUCCGUGCCCAGGAGGCUGCCCGUGAAGAUCCCGAGAACGCCCCCUCAAUCUUCUCGCGCUACGCCGAUGCCAUCCGGGCUCGCGCCCAGGCCCAGGCCAAGAAGGCGGAGGCUGUCGCUAAGCGCGACACCAAGGUCCAGACUGUUAUGACUCUUCACGAUUCCAUCUUCCCAGGUAUCGAGCUUCCGGGCGGUGUUUCCAGCAAGGCCACCGAGUACGCCGAGCUGGCCGCCAAGGGCGAGCGCUGGGAGUCUCCUAUCUUCAGCAUCGGCGAUGCCUCCGAGUCCACUGGCAUUCCGUCUGCGGGCCCCAUCACUAACAAGCCCCACGGCGCCAGCAGCCAAGGUGCGGGCGCUGCCGGAGUUGCCUCCGCUGCAGGUGUUUCGGGCGCUACCACUGCCGCAGCUUCCGGUACUGCCAACGCGACCAAUGGCAACAAUGUCUCGGGAUACCAAGCUCGUGGCUUCUCCGAUGAGGUUGACAAGGCCUUUGUCGAUGGCAAGACCCCGGAUCUGGGGAAUGCCAUUAAGACCGGCACGAACGGUGUCAAUGGAGUCAACGGCGUCAGCGGUGCAAACGGGGUCACUGGCGUCACUGGCGUCCACGGCGUUGGCAACGGUGCUACUCCCGUCAACACCACUGGAACCACCGCCUAA